CUGGCUUCUCUCAGUCUGAGUCAGGCCCGCUGGAUUGCCAGGGAAGACGGAACUUCUUGCUAAGCAUUUUACAAGAUCAGAUGGCGGCCAUGGCGCACGUCGCGAGCUUUCUGCUUCUGUGGUCCCUCCUGGUUUGCAUAGCCGCAGAACCCCUGCGCUUGAGCGUAUCUAUCUCAAGGACAGAGUCUGGUGAGAUCAAGGUGUCGGAGGUGCCAAAUGGCGGGGAAGAUCAUGCGUGCGCUUCAGGCGUGUAUCAAAGAGAGUACACCAACCUGGGCUGGAACUUCCUACAAAUCACCACCGGGGCCUCCUGCCCCGACCCCGACCAAGCCUAUGCCGCCGGCUUUGUCGAAGGCGCACUUACGUGGGAGAUGACGUGGGAUCACUGGCAAAACACCAAAGAUGCGCUGAGUGCUAGCGACGAGCUGCCGGCGUUUCUCGCCGCGAACGACAAGUACGUGAGCGGGGAGAUUGCGGCGGAGCAUCUGAACAGCAGCGAGGCAUUUUGGUGGCAGGUCAGUCUGGUGCUCGAACAGCUCAAGGGGCUCGCGGCAGGGUAUAAUUCAUACGCGUCGACCAGCAAGAAGCUGACGCUCGACGAUUUCUUGCGGAUGAACAGCGACGGAGACUUUUACGACCUCAUCCCGGCGCUAAAGCUAAAGAAGAAAGACUCGGUUGGUGGACAUCUCGCCCGCAAGUUUGGGGCGCUCCGCCAGACGGUCGAGCGGACUCUCGGCAUCAAUACCGGACGGACGGAACCCAACGUCAACUUUGACGACGAGGACCUCACACUGCGCGGGCAGCAAAAGUGCUCCGCUCUAGUUAAGGUCAUGCCCGACUUCUCCGAGAUCUUCGUGGCACAGGCGGCGUUCUCUGGUCUUGAGGAGCUUCUCCGGAUUUACAAGCUGUACGACUUCGCGUUCCACACGACCGCCAAGUCCGCUGACGUCAUCCCCGGGCGGCGCUCCGCCUUCUCGUCGUACCCCGCCCACGUCAUUUCGGGCGACGACUUCUACCUCAUCAGCUCGGGGAUUGUCGCCGUCGAGACGACCAUCGGGACUUUCAACGACGAUCUUUACCGGAAUGGUAUCACACCGGAAGGAUCGGUGUUUGAGUGGCUGCGCAACAUGGUUGCCAACCGGUUGGCUACGAGCGCCGAACAGUGGACGUCCAUCUUCUCGCAGCACAACAGCGGGACUUACAACAACCAGUGGCUGAUUGUUGACUUCAACCUGUUCGAGCCGGGAGAGCCGCUUAAGGACGGGACAUUGUAUGUUUUGGAGCAAUAUCCGGGAUACAUUGCUGCGUACGACGCCACUGAGGAAUUGCGGACGGCGAAUUACUUUGCCAGUUACAACACCCCGCACAAUAAGACGGCCUACGAGCUGGCAGGCUAUCCGGCAAUGGUGACGAAGUUUGGCGACUUCUACACCGUCGAGAACAGCCCGCGGGCGCACCUCUUUGCGCGGGAGCACGUCAAAGUGACGGACAUUGACUCGUUCAAGCACACGGUCCGCUACAACGAUUUCAAGAACGACCCCCUCGGGCGGUGUGCCAAUUGCACCCCGCCUUAUAAUGGAGAGUUCGGCAUCUCCUCGAGGGGCGACCUGAACGUCGCGAACGGUUCGUACCCCUUCAAGGCGGUCUCGCACCGGGACCAUGCCAGCCUGGACGCCAAGGUCACAAGCGGUGCCUUGUUCAAGUCGUUCUCGAGCAUCGUGGUAGCCGGUCCCACGUGUGACCAGCAGCCGCCUUUUGAUUGGUCCACGUCAGACUUCAACUAUCUCCCACACCAGGGACACGUGACGGAGUACGCCUUCCCUUGGGUGAAGGUCGAUUGGGAGGGCUUACGCGGGGCUACGUUGACAAUCAACUCCACAGCAUGUUCUGCUUACUAGUCAGGAUCCUUUGUUGUCCACAAGGGUGCGGUAACAUUCAUGUCAUUUUUUCAGCGCUGCUAAGGUUAUUGACGACUCUUGAUGGAGCCUUGGUGAUAGAGCGAAGCUUUAAGGUUUGAUGAUAAUUGCUUGAUCUUCUUUACCCUGAGCCACGUUGAGCCAUCGGGCCGUUGAUUCUUGAUGCAAGGCUUGACUCAACAUUUUCGUUUGGAUGUAUAGAUAUAAGAUCGUGAACAGACUAGCAGGGAAACUAGAAGCGGGCAUCAGUGAAAGGUGACGUUAUAGGACCAUAUUGUACUUGAAUCGCAUUUCAUUCAGGGCAGAUGCACAAACAGAACUAACCCGGACUUGGACAAUAAAGGGAGGCCUUAGUAUAGGAAGCCGGCCGUGUCAAUCAAGUGUGUGCAUGUAGACACUAAAAGUUAGCAAAUGGACUUUUUAGCCCUAAUUUGAACCAAUAUGCAUUUAUGUAAUCAAAUUCGAAAAAUGGCACUCUACAAAUCAAUCAGAGCUAGCGGC